GGUCGCGUGGGGCCAAGGCUGCUUCGGCGCGUUUGUUCUACCGCCUGCUCCUUUCGCAUGGAUGGAGCGGACGAACGGGGAGGAGGACAGUAGCAUGGCGAGAAACCCAGGUGCAAAGCCCGUGUCGGAGGCGGCGGCUGAAAGGGAGAGUUUCGCCUCCGCAAACCGCCUGCUGGACACCGUCUUGAGCUCCUUGUAUGACUUCGGUGAAUCAUUACCUGAUGGAAAGAAAAAGAAAAAGACCAAAAAGAGAAAUUCACAAGAGAAAGUAGCAAUUAUGGCUAGCAAUACUUUAUCAGAGCAUAAAAAUGUGACUCCUGAAUCUAGUGGAGUAACUCCAGGCAAGAGGAAGAAUGCCUUCAACUUCUUUGACAGCUUGAAAGAUGACUGUAGUAAUCAGAAAAAGACUAUCACUGAAUCUUACCCCACUGAUGCUGCCCCACCUAAACCUGCUCAGCAGGGAUAUACAACAGAGAUUGAAGUUGUGACAUUCUUUGGUCGACAUCAGAAGAAGAAAGUUAAACUUGAAAUGGCUGAAGAUGGUUGCUCCAGGGCAAAAAAUACUGACCAGGAAAAGCACAUGGAUGGACAAAAAUUCAACUUGGAAAAAGCCCGUUUGGAAGUGCACCGGCUUGGAAUCACUGGAUUUGGGAAGAAAGAACAGCGAGUUUUGGAGCAAGAGCGUGCUAUCAUGCUGGGAGCAAAGCCUCCUAAAAAGGUGUAUUUGAACUACAAGAUUCUUCAAGAGAAGAUCAAAGAAAAGAAAGAAGCAAAGAAGGAAGAAAAUGUGAUGGAAAAUAAAUCUGACUCUCUCAAGAGGAGGAAGAGAAAAGGGCACGAAGAGAGAAAAUCCAAGAAGAAGACAACGAAGCAAAGCGUAUUGCCAACAGGGCAGGUUGGAACAUUUAAAAAUGGGACUCUGAUUCUUCGUAGUAGUGACAUAAAGAAAAUCAAAUCUUCCAAAGUGAUUAAGUGACAUUGCUGCAUCGUGCUGAUCAGAAAAUGAGAUGAAUAAACUUCGUAGCAAAAGAAACUUUAAAAAGAGCUUUUAUUUAGUUUUAUCUAGGAUUUUUUUUAAUCUAGAACUCUUUAAAAAGAGAUUGUAUGGGAAUUCGGUUUUUUUUAAUGUAAUAUUGUAUUAAGUAGUGUACAAUAAUCAGAAGCAUAUCAGAAAACAAAUCGUUGCCAUGUUAAGUGAAUUAUGCAGUUCAAACUCAAACUUUCUCAUUGAGGUCUAGCACCUUGAGAAGUAACCAAGUUUCAGGAAAAAAAUGAAAUUACAGAUAAAGACAUGAAAAUUAGCACCAUGGUAGAUCUUCAGUAGGGCUUCAGCCAUGCCAAGUUUGAAGUAGAUCAGUUCAACCCUUGUUUUUUGAUGGAAUUUUAUAAAUGUGUGCUUUAUUAUUGUGUACAACACACAGCAGACACACACACACACACACAAGUAGAAGACACUGAGAGACUAAAUAAUGCAGAACUCACAGAGGAGAUGAUGAUGAUGAUUGGCUGUGCUGCUUACAGUGAAAUAAGAUGGACCCUGAAACAAUCCUUCUCCUAGCCUCUUAUUAAGGGGAUGGCAACACAUCUCUCACUGUCUAUGUUUCGAACCACUGUGCCCGCUUCGCAGGGCCAGUUUGUUUGCUUUCUGCCAGCCUUUCUGGGCCAGCCUGCCUCUCUGCCCUCCUGGUGCCUGGGAGAUGUAGAUGGGCUGGGUGGGACAACCCCACAGGCCUAUGGCAUACUUGCUCCCAGUGCUCCAUGGCCAUAGUUGCCUGCUGCCUCUUCUCCUCUGUGCCCGCCUCACAGGCCUGGUUUGUUUGCUUUCUGCCGACCUCUCUGUGCCUGCCUGCAUAGCUGCCUCCUUGCCUCUUGCCUGCGCACCUGCACACUUCUCCAAUAUGACCUGUCUGGUCCUGCCUUGCAGGCUGGUUUGUGUUUCUGGCUUUGAAUUGAGACAAUCCUUGGCUCACUUACUCGUGCCUGCAUAGCUGCCUGCUGCCACUCUGCCUGCCAGCCAGCUAGCCAGCCUGCCUGCCCACUUCUCCAUUAUUAUCGGUCUGGUUCCGCCUUGCAGGGCUGGUUUGUUUCUGGCUUUGCUUUGACUCAAUUUCUAAGGCACAUUGCUCCCAGCCAGGUAAUGUGUAUAUUGCAGGCAGCCUACUUUCCCAGUUUCUCUCUGAAUGGGAAGAGCCUGAGGAUGUGUCAGCUUCAGAACAAAGAAAAGUGACAAAUCACAUUUUUAGCAGUAGAUUACAGGAAAACCACUGCACAGAUUUCUCCAAACUUUGGCACACAUGAGCACCUCCAGGGCAUCUGUAACAUCACCAACUUCCAUGUUUCUAUCUUGAAAAAUAAAGGCAUUUAUUUUUUCCAA